AUGCUCCUUGGUGCGCGCAAUGACGUCGAGCAAGCGACGCAUUUUUAAACUGGGUGAAGCGGCGGUGGCGGCGAAACAUGAACUGGGACACACAGCUAAAUUCCAUACUGAAUGACACUGACUGCAAUGUUGCGAAGAUAAAGCAAAGAUUAAACACAACAGGUUAUUAUGCAAAAGUUGGCUCGCUUGACAUGAUUGACACAAAAAGCAUUCGGUUCAGCGAACCUCUCUCUGUUCCUGUGGAGCACACUUGUUGUUCAGAUGUGUUCAGUCAGAAAUUGCCUAAAGAAGAAUUAUUGAGCAUCUCCAGGCAGCUACAAUUCCAAGGAAGGACUAUCGAAUCUUUACGCCAAGCUUUACUGAGAGUUGAAACUGAAAAAGAGCAACAAAGGCAUAAAAUUCAAUCGUUAGAAGAAGAGAUUCGGCGAUUGCAAAGUCAAUCUGAGGAAAGAACCUUGGAUUUCCAAUUGGAGAGAAAAAUGGAGGAUUGGCGAAAAGAGAUGUCAAAUGAAAUGUACAGCUUACGGGAACAAAUACGGCACAUGGACCGGACAUAUGGUUAUGGAAAACACACAUUUUCCAGCCUGAUACAAGAAGUCCAUGAAAGAAAAAAAGAUAUGUGUGAAGAACAUGAAUCACUUCGAAAAGAGAUUGAUAAUAUGCGGCAGAAGAUAUGGAAACAAGAGGAUGAACUAUUGAAGCAGAUUUCUGAUACAAAGGAACUUGCGCAGUCACAGGAUAGAAACAGUAAGAUUGUGAGAGAAUUGAUGAAUAAAUGUCAAUGGUUAGUUCAUCAACAAGAAUCUGCAAGACGGGAGAUUACACAAAUCAGGUACGAUUCAACCAGUGGAGAGGUUCCCCUUUGGCCAUCAAAAAGAUCCACAGUUACUGCUUUGAAGGAACAACUGAGAAAUGUCCAUCUAGCAGACAACCAGACCAGUACACCAUUAAAACCAGAUGCAAGAAAACAGUACCAAAUGAAAAAGAAACCAAAAUCUGAACCGCUAACAGAAGAUUCUGACUCUAACCUGAGUUGCACUCUCAGCUUGGCAGACAUUAGCUCCGAUGACGAUUCUGCUGUGCUGCAAAAUCUCAAUGUAGAUACACCACCCAGAAAAGGUGGCAGAUACAGCUCCACUUUGGGCAUAACAGCAAGUGAGAAAGAAACAAAAACACACGAUUCAGAUGAAGAUAUUAGUGUGGACUUGGAAGGAUUAUCUUACAGCCCACCAGAAUUAAAUCUCAGUGACCUAUCCUGAUGAUUAGAGUCUCUGGGAAGUGGAAACCUGGAAGACAACAUGACUGCAAUGUGAAAGGUUUUUACAUUUUAAUAGCUUAAACUCCUUAUUAAAAGGAGUCUGAAUCAAAAUAAUCCAGUUCAAAGACCAGAGUAACUAUUUUUAAUGCUGUGAAAUCAUAUCCAUACCUUAGAUAAACAGAGCAGUAUUGAAUUUAUUUUUAUGCUACCGUUAUGUUAAUUAACAUCAGUAUCUCAAGUCCUAGUCUAUUUGAAGAUUUAUAAGUGUUACAGUGGGCCCUACUAAACAUCAACAUAUCGGACUUUUAAGAAAUUAGUAAAUGAAGACUGUGGGUAUAGUGCUGUGACAACAAUUCCCCAUUCAUUGAGCUCUGAAUUUUACUUGUGCUUUUGUGUAUAAGGCUGCAAAAUAGAUAGAUAAUUCCCCAACCUCAUGUUUACCCACUAAGUUACAAAAGUAAAAAUAUCCAAAUUUCCAUUAACAAAAGAAAAACAGGCUGCAUGCUUGACAUCUGUUUGCACAAAUACAGAACUGGAAAAUCGCUCUGGUGCCAACCCCACUUUCCAUUGCAUACUGUAAUGGAAGGAAAUGGGAGCUUUUAAUAAUGCACCAAUACAGCUUGAGAUUCUCUCAGUUACUUUUAUAACUGAGAGAAUCUCAAGCUGCAUUGGUGCAUUAUUGUUUUUGCUUGGAUGUGAGCUGCAGGUAAAUCAGAGAUAUGAGCCUGAACAAAUGGUUCUGUACAAGGUUGAUAGGAAUGGUAGUUGCGAAAAAAAAGAUAUGUCACAAGUGAUAGGAGCAGAAUGAGGUCAUUCGGCCUAUCAAGUCUACUCUGUCAUUCAAUCAUGGCCUCCUCCAGUGGAAAUGGGUUCCUUCACAGACCAAAGAAUCCUUUUAUCCUGGAAUCCAGUCACUACCUACUUCCAGCAGAUAUCCACUCUCAUCCAGUUUAUACCAGCAAUGACAGCCACUUUAAUAAUUUGAGAGACCAACACAGUCAGUUGCAAGCUGGAAAGUAACAAUGUAGAACAAUAUUGCUUAUAAAUACAAGGUGCAAUCUUUGCUAAAAGAUUAUUGCAAAAAAAA